CAUGUGACUGGCAGCCGGAAGUUGCCCGUCGGCUCUGAAAUCAUCAGGCGGAGGAUUAAACCUGUUCGACCUGCUUUAAGCAGUGGACAUUAACUGGCCACGCACUGCUCCCCGUGCCACCCGCUGCCCUAUGAACUCUGAAGAGCGGUCAUCCGCCCCUGUCCUGAGACCAGGUUGCAUGCAGAGGCCGGAGGAAGCGGCGUUAUAACGUUAGCUCGGCUCGCUGACCCGCCCCGGGUCCGUCAUGACGGCGGCGGUGUUCUUCGGCUGUACGUUCAUCGCGUUCGGCCCGGCCGCGGCCCUGUUCCUGCUGACCAUCGCCCGCGACCCGCUCCGAGUUAUCUUUCUUAUCGCGGGGGCAUUCUUCUGGCUGGUAUCUUUGCUGCUCUCGUCGUUGGUAUGGUUCAUCACUGUACAGAUGAGCAACAAAAACAGUGCCGCACAGCAGAAAGGCCUCCUCAUAUUUGGAGUGGUGCUAUCUGUACUGCUUCAAGAGGUUUUCCGAUUUGCCUACUACAAGUUAUUGAAGAAAGCUAAUGAAGGCCUCCUGGCCAUCAGUCAGGAGGACACCAUGCCCAUCUCUAUUCGACAGCUGUCUUAUGUGUCUGGCCUGGGCUUCGGAUUCAUGAGUGGAGCGUUUUCAGUAGUGAACAUCCUGUCUGACUCAGUAGGACCUGGAACUGUCGGUAUCCAUGGUGACUCCCAGCAUUACUUCAUAUCCUCAGCUUUCAUGACACUGGCCAUAAUCCUGCUGCACAUGUUCUGGGCAGUGGUGUUCUUUGAGGCAUGUGAGCGCCAGAAGUGGUGGUCUCUUGGAACAGUGGUCUUGAGUCACCUUCUAGUGUCAUGUCUGACAUUUGUAAACCCACAGUAUGAGGGCAGUCUCAUCCCCACCUACAUCAUACUAAGUGUGAUGGCUGGCUGGGCGUUCUCUUGUGCUGGUGGCACUCUGAGGAACCUCAAGCUCUGUCUCACCUGCAAAGACAAAGACUUCCUCCUGGCCAAUCACAGGCCGAGAUAACCUUUCAACCACAAAGCAGGACUAUCUCUGCAAAGACACGAGCAAGGUGCUCAUGAGGCCAGCUGGCUGGAUUCACGGCUAUUACACCUGGACUCUGUUACCUACAAGCUCUGGGAUCUGGAUAGUCUUUCUAAUGGUUGCUGAGGGUUUUCUUUGUGCGUAUCUGCCACUUUUUGCAUUCAUUUUUUUUCCUUCUCUAAUUGUACUGCUCAUCUUGUGUAUAUGCAUAAGUAAGACAAAGUGACAGUGUGUAGAACAGCUAGUAUGAAUAACUGGCCAGUUGCAGUUUUGAAUAAAGCUUGCGUUGGGCUGUCAGUAGAUUGUAGUGUUGUUCUGGCUGGUUGAUGCGCCCUCGUUGUUCUGUGUGCCUUCAGUCAGGGCAUUAACUCAUUCUCUGGUACCAUCUUUAAUCAAGAUUCAACAUUCUCUCUCUUUUUCAUUUUUUUUCCUUCUUUUCAUUAAAUGUCCUGUUUUCUGAAACCAUCGUCCAUAUUUUAGUGAUACUGAUAGUGAUUUUGAGGACUCGAUGUUUUGUUCUCACUGUUUUCUAUUUUAACUUAUGUCUUAUACAAGGAUCCAAGUCAGGUCAGGUGUUGAAAGUCAGUUUUGAUGUAUACGUGUGGGUCAGUGCAUCAGAUCAGGUUAAACUUCUUUCUAAAUGACCAAGAGCAUGAUUGAUUGACACAGCGGUCUCUUUUACUGAACCCUUUUGCUUUCAUUACAACAAGGUGUGAAUGAUGGUAGUUUUAUAGGAGGGUUAGUGAUGUCUUUCUGAUGUCACUGUUACCUUCAUGAGAUUCAUUUUCUCUGAAGUUACCUUUAGCUGUAAGGUGUAUGGACUUUACUCAUUAAAACAGUUUUAGGUCAAAUCUCA